GGCAGGGCUGGGACGCUCCAAGAGAAGGCUGACGCCUAUGAUAAGCUCGUCCAGGAGAGCGCUUCCCAGAAGGAACUCCUUCGGAAGCAGGAGGCCGAGCUUGUAGAUCUUCGCAGCCGGCUGUGGGCUGUGGAACAGGCUAAGGUGGGGAUCCGCCGUACGGGUGUGGAUAAUCAUGUCCCCAUCUAUGAAGCCGAUGUUUCGAAGAUCAAGGAGUCUGGUUCCAUCGAGUUCCAGAAGUCCAAAGCCUACACCGGUGCCAUCCAGACCAUGGCCAGGAAAUUCCUUCCGAGGUUCGUCGGCGAGUUCUUGGCCACCUGCCCGGACCCUUAUCUAGAUGGUAUCAAGCUGCUUCAGGCCACCCCCACUGGGGAGCGCUUCCUUGAUGAUCUUGCCGACGAUACUUAUCUCAAGGGUAUGGUCGGCCUUGUGGCAGAGAACCUUCCUGUCUUUGAGCGUCACUUUGGGGCUCCUUUUGAUCCUGCGGCAGCUGGCUUUGAUUCCCUGAUGGUGGACGCCCAUAAGGGGGCCCUUGAACUGCUGAGGGAGCGUAAGGAGCGCGAAGAAGCUGAGGCCAGGGAAAAAAACCAGGCAGGUCCCCUUUUCGGCCCCAACUCCUGACGCCGGCCAAACUUAACUCUCCGCUCAUAGUCUGUACUUCGCAAUUAUUUACACUGUAAUUUACAUUACACAUUGUACUUUCCGGUCAUCAGUACCGAAGAAUAAAAAUCAUUAU